ACCCCGUGUGCGCGGCGUCCCCUCCCUGCGCCUCUGUUCCCGCGUCCGUAAGACCCGGGUGAGAACAGCGCUUCAAGGUGGUACUGCGCGUGAGUCCCUCGAGAACGCCCGCCCCUGGCGGCCUGACCCGGUCUGAGGGCCAGACGCGGCCAGCAGGGUCGCAGGGGCCGCUGCGAUGGACUCGCUGGCAGCACCCCAGGACCGCCUGGUGGAGCAGCUGCUGUCACCGCGGACCCAGGCCCAGAGGCGGCUCAAGGAUAUCGACAAGCAGUACGUGGGCUUCGCCACACUGCCCAACCAGGUGCACCGAAAGUCCGUGAAGAAGGGCUUCGAUUUCACGCUCAUGGUGGCUGGUGAGUCGGGCCUGGGGAAGUCCACGCUGGUCCACAGCCUCUUCCUGACCGACUUGUACAAGGACCGGAAGCUGCUCAGUGCCGAGGAGCGCAUCAGCCAGACGGUGGAGAUCUUGAAGCACACAGUGGACAUUGAAGAGAAAGGGGUCAAACUAAAGCUCACCAUUGUGGACACGCCAGGCUUCGGGGAUGCUGUCAACAACUCUGAGUGCUGGAAGCCCAUCACCGACUACGUGGACCAGCAGUUUGAGCAGUAUUUCCGUGACGAGAGCGGCCUUAACCGCAAGAACAUCCAAGACAACCGGGUGCACUGCUGCCUGUACUUCAUCUCCCCUUUUGGGCACGGGCUGCGGCCAGUGGAUGUGGGUUUCAUGAAGGCUCUGCAUGAGAAGGUGAACAUCGUGCCCCUCAUUGCUAAAGCUGACUGUCUUGUCCCCGGCGAGAUUCGGAAGCUGAAGGAGCGGAUCCGGGAGGAGAUUGACAAGUUCGGAAUCCACGUGUACCAGUUCCCAGAGUGUGACUCGGACGAGGAUGAGGACUUCAAGCAGCAGGAUCGGGAACUGAAGGAGAGCGCUCCCUUCGCUGUUAUCGGCAGCAACACGGUGGUGGAGGCCAAGGGGCAGCGGGUCCGGGGGCGACUGUACCCCUGGGGGAUCGUGGAGGUGGAGAACCAGGCGCACUGCGACUUCGUGAAGCUGCGCAACAUGCUCAUUCGCACGCACAUGCACGACCUCAAGGACGUGACGUGCGACGUGCACUACGAGAACUACCGUGCACACUGCAUUCAGCAGAUGACCAGCAAACUGACCCAGGACAGCCGCAUGGAGAGCCCCAUCCCCAUCCUGCCACUGCCCACGCCCGACGCCGAGACAGAGAAGCUCAUCAGGAUGAAGGAUGAGGAGCUAAGGCGCAUGCAGGAGAUGCUGCAGAAGAUGAAGCAGCAAAUGCAGGACCAGUGACCGCCCCAGCCUCACGUCCCCAUGGAUAUACUGCCAGUUUCUGGGCUGGCCCUUCCCACCCCAGGACCCCGACUGGUCCGUACUCGACCCUGGAUUCAUGUGGAUCUCCGACAGGCUUGGACACAACCCCAAUCCCAGAGUGGCCCAGACCCGGACUGUUCCCGACCAUUCCCCACCUAACCUGGAGACGCGGGGUCGCAGCCCCCAGCCAACCCUAAUUUAUUCUCAGCAUCAACCACUCCCCCCAUUUGUAUCUGCUUCCAAGGGGGCUGGACAACAGCCUCUACAACCAGCCCCCUCUGGCCUUGGGGGAGCAGAAGCUGCGUUGGCCCGUGACUUCUGAGAUCUACACCUACCCCAGAAGGUCCUAGCACUCAGACUCCAGGCCCUACUCAGGGCAGGUAAACCGAGGCAGAACAGGCUAGCAGACCCCAGGGUCUCAGGCUAUUCCCCACCCCAGUGCGGCAAAGCGGACUUGGGAGCCCUCAUGCAACUGCUCCUGCAGCAUGUGCUGGGGCCUCACUUCGGGCCGAGGUGGCCCAGGUCCCCCCUUUCUCCUCACCUGUAGCUCAGCGGGCAGGUUGGGCAGCAGAAGCAAUUAAGAUCCCUCCAGACCUAAGGAGGCCAGCCAGCUGUGGGGGAGGAGCUCCUGGGGCUGGGACAUCUGUGAUGGCCGGCCUUUCCCCCACGGCUAUGCCUGUGCGGCUAUUCCAGGCCCAGGGCUCCAGAGCCAUGGAAGGUGGGUGAUCCCCUGGCAACUCCCAGGCCUAGACUGCUGUUCCCUGCUUGUGGCUGGAGGUCCCUUCUCCCCAGUGGCACUGUUGCCCUGGGUCCCCUAGCCCUUAGCCUUCCCAUUGUUCCACCCGCAUGAUCCCCUUCCACAGAGUCCAUUCUCCAGUUUUGUUCAGUUGUGAAUGCCUCAUCCUGUCCUGGUGACAGGAGAACAAUGUUGGUGAGCGUUGCAGCAGGCUUCCGAGUGCUCUGUGCGCCCCUGGGAGCAAGUGGGGCGGAAGCCGCCCCGGCCAGGAGGCCCAGCGAUAGCCCUCUAUCUGUGGCCUCAGCGCCUGUCCGUGCAGCCUCGGGGUUAUUUCUGGCGGGGCGGUUGCGCUGUGGUCAGUGUGGCUGGUGCUGGGGCCUGGCAGGGGCGGGGCGGCCUUAUGGCCUAGUUGUUCAGCCAACGCCUGGCGCUCCAGAGCCAGCAGGGCCACUGCCCUCUCGCCAUGGGCUCUGGUGAGUCUAGGGUCUUGCCGAGCCCAGGCCACUCCUUGAGCACAGUCGCGUUGGGAGGCGCCCCAGUCGUUUUGGCUGCAAUACCGAGAGAUUUGGGUCGAACUUUGAGGGGAGUUCCACCCAGCGCGCAGGGUGGUGGGGGUGGAG